UCUCCGUUCAGCUGCGCGGCUGCAGUCAGUCAGAGCUCCGCUCCUCCUAGUCCGCCUGCUGCUCCUCCUGCUCCGCCUGCAAGCUCUCCACGGAGGAACACACGGCGACCAUUCCGGUGGAGUUUGCUGAAACAAGAUUGCAGAUAUCAUGGUGAACAUCCCAGAAUACUACACGGGGAAAAAUGUGCUGCUCUCUGGAGCAACAGGGUUCAUGGGCAAGGUGUUGCUGGAGAAGCUGCUGAGGUCAUGCCCGGACGUAAGGGCCGUCUACGUGAUGGUCCGGUCCAAAGCUGGCCAGAGCCCACAGGCCCGGAUUGCUGAUAUGAUUAACUGCAAGUUGUUUGAAAGGUUGCAAGCUGAGCAGCCGGGCUUUGCAGAGAAGAUCAUAGCGGUGAACAGUGACCUCACACAGCCGGAGCUGGGUCUGAGUAAAGUGGAUCAGAACACCCUGACUGAAAACAUCAACAUCGUCUUCCAUUGUGCCGCCACCAUCCGCUUUAAUGAGCCUCUCAAAGAUGCAAUGCAGCUGAAUGUCCUGGCCACUCAGAAGAUGCUGGCACUGGCCCACAGAAUACGGCACCUGGAGAUCUUUAUUCACAUCUCCACAGCCUACGCCCACUGUGAUCGAGAGCUCAUCGAGGAAGUCGUCUACCCCCCACCUGUAGACUACCGUAAACUCAUCGAUGCUCUGGACUGGAUGGAUGACGACCUGGUCUCAGCGCUGACUCCCAAGCUGAUUGGAGAGCGGCCGAACACCUACACCUUCACCAAAGCUCUGGCGGAGUAUCUGCUGCAGCAGGAGGCCGGAGACCUCAACAUAGCCAUCGUCAGACCGUCUAUCGUCGGAGCCAGCUGGAAGGAGCCUUUUCCAGGUUGGAUCGACAACUUCAAUGGACCUAGUGGAAUAUUCAUUGCAGCUGGGAAGGGAAUCCUCCGUACAAUGAGGGCCUCAAAUGAUGCCGUGGCUGACCUGGUACCGGUAGAUGUGGUCAUAAACGCCACGGUAGCUGCAGCUUGGUACUCCGGGUCGCAGGUGCCUAACAGGCCAAAAAACAUCCUGGUCUACAACUGCACCACUGGUGGUAUCAACCCGUUUCGCUGGGGUGAAGUCGAGUAUUGUAUAAACAUGAUCUUCAAGACCAAUCCCUUAGAGCAGGCCUUCAGAAGGCCCAAUGUCAAUCUGCGCUCCAACCCCUUUACAAAUCAGUACUGGACCACAGUCAGCCACACGCUGCCCGCCCUCCUCUAUGACGGCUAUCUCAGGCUAAUGGGCCGCAAACCCCGGAUGAUGAAGACGAUCACUCGCCUCCACAAAGCCAUGAUGGUUCUGGAGUAUUUCACCAGCCACUCCUGGGUGUGGAACAUGGACAACAUGGCCAUGCUGCAGGCCCAGAUGAGCCCAGAGGACAGGAAGGUGUUUAACUUUGACGUGCGUCAGCUGCACUGGGCCGAGUACAUGGAAAGUUACUGUAUGGGCACCAAGAAAUACGUCCUGAAUGAGGAGCUGUCAGGGCUGCCGGCCGCACGGAAACACCUCAACAAGCUGAGGAACAUCCGCUACACCUUCAACACCGUCCUGGUGGUGCUGAUUUGGCGUGUUUUCAUCGCCCGGUCCCAGAUGGCUCGGAACAUCUGGUACUUCGUGGUGAGCCUCUGCUUCAAAUUCCUCUCCUACUUCCGAGCUUCCUCCACCAUGAGAUAAUGACUCGGCAGCGCUGUGGUCGGUGGCAACGCGGAUAAACGACGGAAACGCUGCCUGUUGACGAUGAGAGGAGCCUGCGCUCAAAUCGAUAAUUUCCAACGCUUGAGUGAAGAAAUAAAAUCCCACAAUACACAAGAAGAGGAGCUACUGGAGUGUGUAGCUGUCCAAUAAGUCUCAAGUUGAUCCUUCAUGAAGUUUAUCUCGCACCACACCAGUUCUCCGACUCGCAGUGCUCGGACCGACUCUAACGACGACAUGGCCUCCUCCUGUUCCUCUCCGGUCUGUCCAGUACUGCCGGUGCCGGCUUUUUACCUGCUCACACCUUGCCUCGCUUAACAGAGUCAAGCAUUCUGGCUACGCUCUGCUCCGAAGGUCCCCGGCUGGUUUCCUAGUCGGUUCAGACGUUUGUCUUUUAGGUCUCUGCAUUCAUCCUAAAACGAGCUGUACUUCUGCAUUCCCACCGUAUAAAUCCAUGUUUACUGAGCGGGGCUCAGCGCUUGGAAAGUGGAGCAUAAACCUGGAAAAUCUUGCUUUUCAACAUUUUUAAAUGGACUGGUGUGCAGGCAGGUUGCCAGCGCGGCCCGUUGUUUAACCGUGGCGGUUUGUGCUGAGUCACGUCCACCAGGAGCUGUCGCCGGCCUUCUCUCCUCCUCCUCCCCGCUGCUGGGCAAAAAGAACCUUUCUACAAAAUUGCGAUCCUGCAUGGCCUCACGCGGCGGUGGCCAGGUGCGUGUCGUACAACCAAGCACAAUGCGGAUGGUAAUGGCUUUACUGAGUGCCUCACGACUCUUCCUGCAUCAGCAGACCUUGUGAAAGCUUCCUCCUCAAGUCCCUUUUCUCAUGUCUGGAAGUCAGUCAAAAUUGCCUUUUUUUUUUUUCUUUUUUUCUAACCUCUUAGUUAAGAAACUCGGCAGCAGUUGAGACUGAGAAGACAAAUUGUGUCCCCCUUUAUAUGAAAUUAAACACAUCCAGUACCCAUUUAUAUGCUGAAUCAUGCCCAACAACUUUUUAUUAUUUUUUUUUUUUUUAUUAAAUGUCCUUUCCCGUUGACCUUUCUUUCAAAUACACUGCUUCUCAAGUAACUCUUGAGGUCGGUUUCUUCGUGAGAGGUUUUGUUACCAUAUUUGCUCUACUGCAGCUCAGUUUGUUUAGCGUUUAUGGGAUGUUAGUCUGUUAUGUUACUGGUUCACUAAAUAUCUGCUCAGCCUAUAUUUAUACAAGACUGCAGGACCUACUAUUGAACUCUUCCAUGUUAUUUUUCUUGCUUUAAAAUUCUUGCUUUCCACGUUAUUGUACGGCUUGCCACAGACCUUGAGAUUAUCACUGAGCUAUUUGUGGGAAUGAACCCAUCAUGCCAUAUUAAGUGUCAUACUACCGUAACCAAGGCUCGUCUUGCCUGGUCAUAUUUGUCUGUUCCGUUUAUUUAUUAGGAUGUUUCUGAGUUAAUGGUGUUGCGUGCUUGUGUGCGUCCUAAGUGUCCUAGGAAAUUGAGGUGCCCGUGUUUUCCCUGUACUGACAUCAUUAAGGAGUGUGAUUUGUCACAGCAUGAGCCGUUGUACAGAAGCAUGGAGGAGUCGGUCCCGACUUGUGCCUGAACUUUUGUCAAUAUUCUAAUGUGAAAAAGGUCAAAUGUAUGUUUUCUAACAUUUUCUGUAGAGAUCUAUUUAGAUAAACAUCAGCGGAUGGUGAAAUGUAUUUUCCUGCAAAUAUCAUUGCGUGGUCCGUUUACAUAUGGAGAGCUUACUGAACCAGCGUCAGCUGUUGUAAAUAAGAAUACAAUAAAUGCAGUUAUGUGACUUGAUGUUCAGAGGUGAAUUUAACUUUUAAGGCGCUUGUCAUUGGACUUAACGAUGUGUGCGCAUGUGUGUGUGUGUGUGUUACCUUCUUUGAAUGUAAGAGAAUAACUUCUUUGCACAGCCAGAUUCUCCCUCUUACUGAAACAAAUGAUCAAUACUAAUGAUGCCUGUACUUUUAGUAGGCUGUUAGUCAGAUGAGUAAGUGCAUGCUGCUGUAAGUCCUUGUUACAGUGUGAGUGACUAAAUCUGUCUUGUGAAUGGUUGCUAUGUUUGUCAUGUUUAGGGCGGGGAAAAUGGCUUUUUUUCUUUCUUUUUUCUUUCUGUUCCCUGCCCUCGCUUCCUCCUCAAUCUUCAUUUACAAAGAAAACUAGUGUCAGGAACUCAGGCUUUAAUCAAUCAUAUCAAGACUUUGUUUGUUUGGCUUUUUUUUAUUGUUUUUGUUUUUUUAUCAGAUGACAUUGCCCACAAGUUAGAUAAGCAUAUUUUAAAGAAUUCAAUGCCUCAAAAUAAACAUUUAUCUCAUGUUAAUGAGUCAUUUUGAUCAGUUGCUUAGUUGACACAAAAUGCAUGCUACUCUUUAUUUCUCCAUUAAACUAAAUGAACAGGCAGGAUCUUGGGUUGAAACCUCCUGCGAGUAGCGAGAAUCCAAGUAAUGACGCCACAGGUGUCAUUAAAGGUUUGGAAACUUCAGUCCUGCUGGGCUUCUGUCUCUCUUGGUGAUAAUGGCUUAUUAGUGCACACUGUGGAACUAAAAUGUGGAUUUUCUUUGCUUUUUAAAAUCUUUUCCCCAUUAACAAACCAGGUCAUUAUAUACUGCACAGUUAAAAUGUUGUUUCCUGUGAAAAUGGCGCUUAUGCCUUUUUUAAAAUGACUAUUAUGUUACCAAAGUCUUGGGCCUCAUGUAAUCUGGCAUAUCUGAACAUGCAAAUGGGCCUCAUCUUCACCUGCCAGGCUGCUCGUCUCUCUCUGGUUCUGCUCACUCACCUUAAUGUGAUGAGUGUUUCCUGGGUCAUCGUUGUCUAUUGGGCCAAAAAAAUCUAGACAAAAAAAUUCUUAUUCAAAGGUGUGAAAUUAUUCAGAUGUUGCAAAAUCCUGAUUUCUUUAUUUUUUUUAGCAUAAACAAGCACAUUUCUAGUCCUUUUGCCAGAACAAAACUGAAACGCGGAGAAUAUUUAAACACUUUUAAUUAUCACUACCUUUUGAGGCUCUGGGAUUUAUUUUUGUCUUUCUUCUUCUGUAAUUUCUGCUAUUCUCUAUUUCAUGUAAUUUCUUGCGGUUUUAGGAUGUUAGGCAUCCUGCUGAACCCUCUUGACGCAUGAGUCGAAUUGGAAAAGUUUAUGUUGGUAACGGCCAUCUUUGUUUUGUUUCCAGCAUCAUUUCCCUGAUUGUUAAAUGUUCUCAAAGUAUGGGUCCAUAUAUUUAAGCUGCCGUAGGGCGAGAGUUUAAUCUGUUUUGUGUUUUUUCCCCUCCCACUCUUGGUUCAGAGCUGUCACAGAGGCGCGUUUCCACUAGCGGGAGCUUCGGCUAAACCUGCCAGACAGGAACCCCAUCAGGCCCGACCGUCUCUUCGGCCCGUUCAGCCGCUGCGUUUCCAUUACACCGUAGCGCCACACGAGAACUUUUGAUCGGAAGAUAGCACCGCCAAUCGCCAGGUGGCGGUAAUGCUCAUUUUUCGCAGUUUGCAAACGGCCAGCAGAAAAAUGAAAAGAAGUAACACGUAAGCAAUGCAUGCUACUUGCUUUUUAAAAACAUACUGAGAUUAAAAGAACCCCCCACCCCCCGCAGGACCUCUAUAUUGGUUUAAUACGACAGCAAGACCUGAACCGACUCAUCGGUCCAUCCAAAGUUGUUUUUUUUAUGUAAUCUCCAACUUCAUCAAAUGUACUGGUAGCAAAAUGUCUCUGGCCAAAAUGCUUAAAUGAUUUGUGGUCACAUGAUUUAAGUGCACCUGAGAGGGUUGAAGUAAUUUCCUGCUUUUAGAAAACCCAAUCAGCAGAGACCCCCCCACCAGCCCCUCUAGGCCGAAAAACGUCCCUCUCCUACUACCGGCGUUUUUUGACCCCAUAAAGGUUCCUGAAGGCCUCGUUACAGGCCUGUUCCUGGUAAUGGAAACACGCACACAUGGCCCGGCCCUGAAAAACCUACCUGGAACUCCCACUAGUGGAAACGCGCCUCUUGUCCACUGUGGCCAUCGCUGGCUACGAAGGGAGCUUUUGUCAUUUUUCAAUAUGAAUCUCGAAGAAUGACUCUGUUGGUGCCUUUUUUUUUUUUUUUUUUGUAAACCAAAAAGAGGGAAUAAACUGUUUUAAUCCUCCUGAUCCAGAGGUUUGAUUUCAUUCCGACUACAUGUUAGUGAGGGUUUUGUUGCCGUCUGAGACGUGGCGGUGAUUGACGGAGGAGCGGAUGAACCAUCCAGCUGACCUGUGUCCUGCUGCGCUGAGCCCUUCACUUCCGCCGUAUCUGGAAGCCAGAUUAAAGUGGCGUAUUGAACAGCUCCAUUAAGAUUUAAUUCUGCCUUUCAGGAUUAAACUUCACGCCACGGACGGGAGGAUUGGGCCGUUUUUAGAUGGCUCAAUUUUCAUUUACUAGAAAUCACUGGGAGCGGUUUCUAGCGACGGCAGCGAGAGGUUGUCGGUGCCAUCGUGACGUUUGACCCGUCCUGUAUCAGAUUUGUCAAAACUGGUGCUUAGUAUUUCAUUUUAAAACCCUUUAGAUGAGCUUUAAAAAAUACAAGAUUUUAAAGAUCGUUGGAUGCCAUCUCUCACUCCAUCACUCUUCUACACGACACUCUUCCUUUUCACUCUUUUAUUGCUCAGAAUAUGUCAGCUUGUCCGUUGCUCUGAUUGGUUGGAGCACGAACAACCGCUGGUGCUGCCCUUGGAUGGGGAGACCGUCUGGGUCAUGAUCUGGGCCUGAUCCAUCAGGGUAUGGUACCCCAUCACUGCUUCCAGACUUUUCUAAGAGGGUAAAGUGGUUGCAGAUGCUGCCGAAAAUCAGCCUGUGAUGAAAUGAUCAUCGGCGAGUGUGUGGAUCCCUGCCAAAGCAAUUGCUUUGAGUGUUUUGGAUCUGCAGCCUUCAGGAGUGUGUGAACACAGUGCCAAGCAGGAAAGACCUGUGAUGAUCUUAAAGUAGCAAUUUUUGCUGUAGUUUUAUCUGUAAAUGGCUGUAAAAACACAGCAUAUGUAUUCACUGAAACCACAAUGAACACACUAUUGAAUGUCCAUUAUUCAAUGUUUUAUGAAUAAUGGUGAGAUAAACACAACUAUGAUGGAAACUGAUCAAAUG